AGUUGUUGUCCUGAAGGCUUUCUAGUGUACAAAAGCAAGGUACGAUCUUUGAAGGCAGUAUUGGUAGCCAUGAAGUACAGCAUUUGGACACUAGUGGUUCUGGGAUUCAUGGCAGCACUGGUCCACCUUUCAUUCCAAAAUGAAGAAAAGGCUAAGAGACAUAAGUCACUACAAAAGCGAGAUGUCGGAAUGCAACCAACAACAAAAGCAAAAGUUUUACGUCGACAGAAAAGAGUUUGGAUUAUUGAUGCCUUCAGUAUAGUUGAAGAAGACAAGGGGCCUUUUCCUAAGACAAUUGGAAAGAUCAACCUUGAAAGAGAUUAUGCAGUGCUGUAUACUAUUAGUGGACCUGGAGUUGAUGAAGAUCCAAAGAGUGUAUUCUUCAUAGAUUUGCAAGAGGGUACUGUGUUUGCAACUCAAAGUAUUGACUAUGAGCAAUACAGAGUGUUCAAGCUGGUGUUUAAUGCCGUAAACAGAACAAAUUUUCAAACAGACACUCGACUAGGUAUUCAGAUCCUUAUUCUGGACAUUAAUGAUAAUGCUCCUCUAUUUAGUAAACGUCAGUAUUCAUUCAGAGUUAAUGAGAGCAUAGCUCAAGGUGUGGCUGUUGCUCGGGUGAUUGCCACAGAUAGAGAUGAACCAGGAACUCCAAAUUCAGCAGUCAUCUACUCGAUUGUUUCACAAAAUCCACCUUCUACAAUAAAUGAGUUCAAAAUUGAUCCAAAUAUUGGAACCAUUUCUUUCAAGGGCUGUCUUAAAUAUGAGGAUGCUAAAAAAUAUAAAGUACUUGUACAAGCAAGAGAUGAUGGACAAUUCGUCAAGCUAAGCAGUACCGUUGAAGUCAUUAUCGACCUUUUGGAUGAAAAUAACAAUCUUCCUGUGCCAACAAAACAAGAGUAUACUGGAGAAAUAAAUGAAAGUGAAGAGAAUGUGACUGUGGUGACAAUACAAGUGACAGACAACGAUACAGCUAACACAGACGCAUGGAAAGUGAUUUAUAAAAUAGUUUCAGGAAAUGAAAUGGGAAAUUUCAAGAUUGAAACAAAUCCAAAAACAAAUGAAGGAGUUCUCAAAGUUAUUAAGGCCCUAGAUUUUGAAGGUGGAGACAAAAGGCAACUUAACAUAUCUAUUGAAAAUAUAGCGCCUUAUUUUUCAUGCAGAGUGUUAAAAAAAGUUCAAGGACCUGAAUGGAAGGUUGAAAAGUUGGGUGCUCAAGAAGGCGUGAAGACUGUUAAUGUCACAGUAAAGAUUUUGGAUGUAAAUGACCCUCCUGAGUUUCGGCCUCCAGUUCUUUUUGUUUAUAAGGAUGAAAACCUUCCAAGUGGGACUUUUGUGGGGAAAGUUACUGCUUUUGACAAUGAUAAAGCAUUCCCAAAUACCUUCAGGUAUAGUAUAGGUAAGGAUGUGGCAGAGUGGGUGAGAGUUGAUUACAAAACAGGAGAAGUGAAAACAAAAAAGAUUCUGGACAGAGAGUCGCCACAUGUAAUAAACAACAUGUACAAUAUUACAGUUCUUGCAACUGAUGAUGGUGUUCCUCCUUUAACUGGUACAGGUACCUUGGCUGUUAUUCUUAAAGAUUUAAAUGACAAUGUGCCAGAGCUGCAAUCAAAUUUUACCAGUGUGUGUGAAAGCGACUCUGAACAAACUAUUAGCAUCGUCAUUGAAGAUAAAGACUUGGAUCCAUUCUCUGGCCCAUUCCAUUUUGAAUUGCUUGACAGUGAAGAUUAUUUGCUUGGAAGAUGGACACUGGAGGAAAAAUAUGGUUAUGUUUUGCAUCUGAAAAUGGCUAAAACAGCAGUUCAUGGGUCAUAUAUUUUACACUUCAAAAUAAGUGACAGGCAAGGUCUGUACUCUUAUCAAAAUCUAACUGUACGCGUCUGCUUGUGUCAUGAAGGUACAGAUGAGCGUGAACCAGCUUGUUUUGAGUCAAGAAAUUCAUAUACUCCUGGUCUAAAUGGUCCCGGAAUUAUCAUCUUGUUUUUGUCUUUCCUAUUUCUGCUCGCUGCACUCCUGGCACUAUUAUAUUGCACUUGUAAGGAUCAUCCUAGAAUCAGCAUUGACAAAGAAACAGAAUAUCGUUUAAUGGUGCACAAUGAAGAAGGAGGCACCAAAGAUUGUGAGGUACCUGAUGUUGGGACUGGAAAGAUAUCACAAAAGGAAUUUACUGAUACUAUGGAUGGAAAACUCUCUGGUAACUUCGGAACAAUCUCUGGAAGACAAACAUCUACAUACCAAGAAGACCUCCGUAACGCAUUUCUUUUAAGCACAAUGUCCAAGCAUUCACUGAAGGAAGAACAGAGGUUUCAUCAGCAACAGGGCAGCUCAUAUCGUUCUAACACAAUAGGUGGAUUUUCAUUUAUGCAUAUGCAAAAUAUUCUUAAACAGCGACUUCAGCAGUACAACAUGGAGACAGAUGUUGUAGAUAACUGCAGUGCACGCAUUUAUGCAUAUGAAGGUGAACCCUCUCUGCAAUUUUCUCUUGAUGACAUCAGUAUACAACGGAGCAACUUUAAUCUAGAUUCCCUACAAGACAUGGGACCAAAGUUUAAAACUCUUGAAACUAUUUGCAAAGAGAAAAAUUUGGGAGCCAAGCAAUAAAAAGAAAAUGGAUGUCUACACCCAGUUGAAACAGAAAUAGAACAAUGUGACUUGAUAUUUGUGGGUGUCUAAAAUCUUGAGUCAUUUACACCAGUGGUCUGACUUUGGGAAUUCUUUAUGCUGUUUAACGAGUGACUGCAUAGAGAGCAGAAAGAUCAACCAACUCAUUUGAGGUACAAGAGUCAAUAUUAUUUUAACAUUUCUACUUGCAAUGUGCAGCUGCCUAUUAGUAAUAAUGAAAUCCAUUGCGCCAUGGGUGGGGAUUUUUAAUCAUAAUGCAGAAGAGCGUGGUGGAUUACCUUGUAUAAAAGUAAUCUGCCUCAGAAAAUCACUUAUCACUAUUGCUGUUUUGCCAUUGUGUCAUACUGGUCUCGAUUCAAUGUGAUGUCAUUAUGGACAAGAAUUGGAUUAUGCUUAUUAUGAAAUUUUUAUAUAAGUAAUAUUUUAGGCUUGUCACCUUUUGGAGGGAAGUCAUACUCAAGUUCCUUUAGUUUAUAUGACAUUUUUUUCUUGCAUAAUAACUUAAGAAAAAUAGUAUCUUACAACUAAAUAUAAAUACCUCAAUAUAUACUGUAAAUACCUCAGAAAAUUUGUUCAUCACCUACCUGACCAGAUUUGAUUUGCACAACAUGAUAAAGCCUGUUCAGUUACAUAUAGAAAACACAUUUUUCCAAGCUUAAUUUAUCUGACGUAUGCUCUACUGAGCAGCAGACUUGUUUUGAAUGCAUCGAGAAUAUGCAGCUUUCACAAGCAUAAUGAAACAAUUGUAGGUGAUGUUUAUAAUUACACUUUCAUUUAGUGUACAUUCAACAUAGUGAUCAUAUUUAUAUUGCUGUGAAAAACUGUGCAUUGGGGUCUCAAAGAGUCAGAGUAGGUCACUGAAGUACAACAGUUAGUGUAGGAUGUGAACUGCCCACAGGAAUCUCCUGCUUUGUUUUUUCCCCUGGAAAAAAAUUCAGAAACUUUAAUCAGAUGAAAACGCUGAUCAAAGCUUGAUACCCAUGUUUCACAAUAUAAAUAAAUAAAUAAAUACAUUUUGCAUAGGGCUACAGGUCCCUGCACUUCCCAUUUGUUGGUGUCUACUUUCCAUACCCCAUUGGUUAUAUAUGCUAACUCCAUGGUCACACAAAUACACACAAAGAAGAAAAGCCCACCUACACCAUACAUCCCUACCAGUGCAUACAAAUAGAAACUUAGCUGGUAGUGAUUUCAAAUAGGAAAACUGAUCAAUUAGUUCAAAGUCGGGGAACUGAACUCUGUGACUAUAAACCUCCUUCAAGCAUACAAAGUAAUGUUAUAGAAAUAUGAGCUGGCCAGAAACCAUCACCAAGGGCUACCAUGAGCUAAACAUAAAAGCAGGCCGUGGGGGGCCUAGUGCAAAAGCAAAAAACAAGCUGAUCAGUGCAUGGUAUGAUGCACAAAUGUAUAGUGUGUGUGUG